AAACAACUUAUCGACAGUUGAACAUUUCUAAAAAUUUAAAUGACAAAAUACAAGAUACAGGUGAUGUACGAUUGGAGCUUUGUUCGAGAAGUUUGUGGACACAAUUUAGUUGUAUUGGCAACGAAAUGAUCGUUAAUAAAACAGGAAGACGCAUCUUUCCGCCUUUAAAAGUGAAAAUCACGGGUCUUCAACCGGAGAAAAAUUAUGUUAUAUGGGUGGAGAUUGCAGCAGUUAGUGAAAAUCGUUAUAGGUAUCAAUAUCAAAGCUGUAAAUGGGUAAAAGCUGGAAUAGGAGAACCUCAAGAUCCUCAAAAUAAGUAUAUACAUCCUGAUAGUCCAGCUACAGGACGUUAUUGGAUGACCCAAAUCGUCUCUUUUGACAAAUUGAAAUUGACUAAUAACAAAUAUCCAAAACUUCCUAAUCAAGUUAUUGUUCAUUCAAUGCAUAAAUAUCAACCUAGAUUUUACAUUUUACCUGUCGAAGAUAUCGUUACGAAUGUUGAAAAGCAAAUAAACCCAUGCAAAGCUCUUAAAUUCGAAUUUAAAGAAACAACGUUUAUAACUGUGACUGCGUAUCAAAACCAAAAUGUAAGCUUAUAAUUUUAAAU